AUGACAGUCAGAACGUGUCACCUGGUCGCCGUUGCUGUUUGGCGUUGGGAGCCUCCUCCUUCACGUGACCUUUUUGAACUGGGUCUUCUGUUGGCUGCAGCCUCAGAGCUUUUGCUGAGAAUUUUCAAGCACAGCCUUCUGCCAUGCUGCCCCAUCUCAAGACGUGCGCCCGCUCUAUGGUUUUCACACUUUGAAGGCACCAUCCCGCCCUUUGACGCAGUGCCCGCGCUGGUGAGCGAGCGCCCCAGGCGCUGUUGGCCCUCCUGUGGACGCCGGAAGGCUUCGCCAGAGAUGGGCACCCCGGAAUGGGGCGCUGACGCCGGUGGCGGCCCGCCGUCCCCGGAGGGUCGGGGGGGUCACAGCCCGCCACAGCGAGCCUUGAUGACAAGUCCACGAGGCAUGAGAGGCCGAGGGGGUCCCAGACGCACAUCAGAAGCAAAUGACUUGCUGGAAACAGAGGCUCCAGAGGUGGAGCAGUACAGCAAAGAGAAUUUACCUCCGGCCGCGGAGCACGAGAUUGAAUUCAUCGUGCCGCACGCCGCCUCUUUUCCUAGUGGCGAAAAAGUGCGAUCGCCACCGUUGAUGGUGCGGAAUUUCAGAUUUAGGAUACUGUGCUUUCCAUCGGGAACUUCGAGUGCUGGCGGAACUGCGGUCAGCGCGUUCGUGGAGGCUGAUCCUCCGGAAGGUCUCGAUCCGCGAUGGAUUUUCCAGGGCGUGAAGUACCAGGUGGCACUCGUCAACUGGCUUGACUAUCGCAGAAGUGUGGUCAAGUCUGACACAUGGAGUUUCUCCAAGGAUGGAAUUGACAGAGGUUGGCACGACAUGGUGAGGACGUCUGAGUUGUCUCAGGACACCGGCUGGUUAGGCCCUCGUGACAGCCUUUGCUUCCGUGCGUGCGUCUGCGUUCGGCAGGCUGAUAGCGUCCAAGCUGGUCAAGACUUCAAUUGUAGGAAGGAAACCGGCUACGUCGGCCUGAUGAACCAUGGCGCAACGUGUUACAUGAACGGCCUGCUGCAGAGCCUCUUCCAUGCUGGAGAAUUCAGGCGAAUUGUGUACUCCAUUGAGUGCGAGAAGGAGGAGAAGGAGGAUGCGCCCAUGGAAAGAGGCGACACCGAUGCAGAAGGAGAUAUCUCCCUGAUCCAGGCCUUGCAGAAUGUCUUCUACAGACUUCAGACCUCAGAGCAGGCUGUCAACUGCAAGGAGCUGAUGAAGUCCUUUGGCUGGGACACGACGGAUGCCUUCACACAGCAUGAUGCGCAGGAGCUAAACAGAAUCCUGUGUGAUCGGCUGGAGGAGCAGAUGAAGGGCACUCCUAUGGAUGGCUCCAUCAAGAGGUUGUUCGAAGGCGAGAUGGAGAACUACAUCGAGUGCCUAGAUGUCGACUACACCUCCAAACGCCGCGAAACGUUUUACGAUAUUCAGCUGAACAUCAAGAGCGAGAAAGGAAACGACCUGCAGACCAUAGAGGAGUCGCUGAAAGAGUUCACUGCGGAUGAGAUGCUUGAGGGUGACAAUCUCUACGAGGCCGAAGGCUACGGCAAACAACGCGCCAAGAAGGGCAUCCGGUUUGUGCAGUUCCCUCCGGUUCUGAAUUUGCAGCUCAAGCGCUUUCACUUCGACAUGGAGCGUAUGGACAUGGUGAAGCUCAACAGCCGCUUCGAGUUUCCACGCCGACUCGACCUCUCCCAGUUUGCGCCCGGCGCAGGGCAUUAUCUGCUGCACUCCGUCGUUGUCCACAGUGGUGAUGUCAACAGUGGGCAUUACUACGCCUACAUUCGGCCAAACUUGGACGAGCGAUGGGUCAAGUUCGAUGAUGACAACGUCACGCCCUGCAGCGACUUUGCUGCGGUCGAAGACAACUUCGGAGGCAGUGACCCCAAUGCCUUUAACUACUUCGAUCGUAGCCCAUCUGAACUCAAGAUGUUACAAUGGCCGAGCCGACCGCGCAUUCACAAUGCGUACAUUCUCGUCUACAUCCGGGAAAACUGUGCAGAGGACGUGCUGCGAAUCCCUGAUCCGAUGCAGGUCAACAGCCGGAUGGUGGAGAGAUGUAACGCUGAGGUGCGGCUGCAAGAGCAGCGGCGGCGUGAGAAAUUGGAGCUCCAGACCAAGAUCAGGAUAAACUUGAUCCUGGAGAACGACUUGUGUUCAAUGACCGGCUUUUGGGACUACACCACCAUCCCGACUGGGCAGUCCUUCAAAAUGAACCGAGAUCAGUUCGUCAAGGACCUGCUGCUGCAUGCAGAGGAUGUUCUGCAGGUGAAUGCUGCUCACCUGGCCCUUUUCGCGCUUCACCUUCGAUCGAACCCACGACAGGUGAGGUUCGAGUUCAUGCCGCACGUCAAGACUCUCAGGUCUCAAAUACCGCCCGUCACCUCGCCUCAUUACGACUCGCAAGAUCCUUGCAUUACUGUGCUCUGUGUGGCAGCAAGAGGCUACGUGGUGGGCCCACCGCCACUGAGGUGGCAGAACGAGCCUGCAGAGCCUGAGGAGCUGUCAAGGUGGGACGACCAGCAGGCAAUUAUGCUUGUGGUGAAGUAUUUCUGCAUUCAAAGACGGAAGCUUGUCACUUUGGGAUGCUUCUACAUGUCGGCAAAUGACCCUCUGAUCAGCAUGGUGAAAAGCAACUGGGUGACUGAGAGACUACAGCGCUUUUUGGACAGUCAGGAGGUGGCGCCACUUCCGCCCCAGUUGCAAUCGGCUGGAGAGGAUGGAACAAAGCUAGACGCAGUUUGGGAAUGCUGGGAAGAGUACACCGAGCGUGACAUACAGAGACGAAGUGCCAAAAAGUCGGCCAAAAUGGAGCGACUUUUGUGCGGCGACAUCAUUGUCUGGCAGCAAGCUUCUCCUUUACCACCACCCGAGGUGGCCGGCGAGGAAAGCCCACUACAGCCAGGGCAGGUGGCACCCACGUACCCCGUCAACAAUGUGUUUGACUUGCUCGAGCAUCAGCUGAACUCCAUUGAAGUGCAAGUGACGCUGGUCGAUCGCAAGCAGCCUCUUUGCAUCGAUGGGGUCGUCAUGAACGGCCACUGGGGGGCUUACCGGCCUGCAACAGCCCAGGAGGGAGCGCGGGAGGAGAAGCCCGAGGACAUUGCCCUGUCCAAGAGUCCAGCGAGCUUCUCGCCGGCCGUGACCAAGGAGCUCCAGAUGGAUCUGCGGUAUACCCAAAGCCAUGUGACAGGAAUCAUUGCGCAAGCCUUUGAUCUGAAGUCCGUUGUGACGCCAGCAUCAACCGUUCCCCCCGACCACGAGACCUUCUUGUGGCUCUUCCAGUCUUCGCCAUCGAAUGGAGAGGAGCCUAUCAGCACGAGCAUACAUGCUCGAUCGACGCUGAAGGACAUCCAGCGAUACGCACCAUAUGUGUCACCAGCAGGAGGAAAGAAGCCCCUGAACCUCCAUGCGGUUGAGAUGCCGUAUCGUCCAGGUGCCGAUAGUUUAGAUUCCAAUCUGUGGGCCUUUGGCGUGCGGUUCUUCGACUCGGCAGUCCGGGAGGUUGGGAGCACGAUCUGCUACGUGAAUGCUUCCACCGGCACUGUGGAGGAUUUGCUCAGAGCAGCCGAGCCUCACAUUGAGCCCGAUUGGAAGAUUUCUGGACCACUUCGUGCAAUGGAGGUCAUUGACGGUAUGGCCACGCUAUGGAGGCCAACGGACCCACUACGAAGUCUUCACUGCUAUGGGAAGUACAACGUGCUUUACCAUGCGGUGCGCAUCGAGGCCGACCUUGACACUGCUGCGAUGUCGACGGAUGACAGGCUCAUCGAGGUGUACCACUGUGACCGCUCAAGUCAGCAGGCUUUUGGUCAACCUUUAUUCCUUCCAGCCGCGCCUGGCGAAAAGGCGGGCAGCUUCAAGAACCGAUGUAAGGAGCGACUUGGAGUGCCAGAAAACGAGUUCAAGACCUGGAGGCUUGUCCGGACCGGGCAGAGGGCGGGGCGGCAGCAUCUCAAAGAUGACGAUCCGCUGGAUUCGGAGUCCGGGCUUGACAACAGGAUUUGCCUUGAACAUGUGCAUCCAAAUCCCAGCUAUGCCAGGACAUCCCGGUACAACAAGCCCCUGACAAUCAAGUGA